UAAACAUUAUAUACAUAUACCUUUCUAGUCUCUACUUGUUCAUCUAUAUAUAUUUGAUCAUUAUCAGAAAAAUGGCUAGGAUUGAGGAGCAACAAAUAUUCCAAGACUUGGGACAUAUUUCAGGCAACAAAGGCCAAAGUACUAGACAGUUUCAAUGGGUUUUUGGUGAAGUUAAAAACGAUAUUACUAAUGAGUAUCAGUCAGAUUUUGUUGAAGAAUGCUCAAGCGAUCUAUGCAAAUCUUUAGGGUCGUCUUCCUCUGAGGAAGUAGACGAUGCAAUUUCAUCUUCUUUAGGAUGGUCGUCUCAUAAUAGUCCAUUGUACGAGUUAUCUGAACUCAUGGCACAAUUGCCUAUCAAGAGAGGUUUGUCAAAGUACUAUCAAGGAAAAUCUGAGUCAUUUGGAUCACUUUCAAAUUUGACAAACAUUAAAGAUCUAGCCAAGAAGGGAAAUCAUAGAUCAAGAAGGUCAACAAAAUUACUUGGUCAAAGUCAAACAUUAAGUGCCAAGCGCACAAUUGUGAAAAACAAGAAGAGUUGUUUAUCUUCUAUUGCUAGAACUUCUUUAUUUUCUUCACUUGGAGAAAUGGGUGCUUUACUUGACACAAUUUCUGUACAAACUCAUAAUUUCUAAUCAACUGAUCUUUUUCCUCGUUA